AGCUAAUGGUGUUUGACAUCAGCCCUGAUUACAGCAGUGAUGCCGACAGAGAUCCAGACUUCUACACCUCUGUGCCAUCAGAAGUGACGCUGUCUGUGGACAGGAAGUAUCACGCUGCCUGUCCCACGGUGCUCUACAGGACCAGUGAUGACCGCAAAGUGUUUCCCAAAUUACAUCUGGAUCCAGUGGAUCAUAAACAUGUGUAUGUGCCAUUUAGAAACCAGGUGAAGCGAGUUCCUGUGUCAAACUGCAGCACGUACACAAAUGUGCAGGAGUGUUGGUCUGCACAGGAUCCAUACUGUGGUUGGUGUGGCUCUAAAAGCAGCUGCACAUUUGAAGAUGACUGCACAGAUUCAGACUGGCUGUCCAUUCCUGAUGAGUCCCAACACAAAAUGAUUUCCCACAAAGUUGAACAGGACACAAACGGACAGAUUUUACUAAAAAUCCACAUACACCUGACUGUGGGCCAGGAAGGGCCGUCUAACUUUGCCUGUCAGUUCGCUGCGAGGUCCGGCUCGAUUUGUGCUUCGAAUAACCCUGCUCCACAUUUCCCACAAUGCACCUGCAUCCUGUCUGAUCGUACUCUUCCUGCUGAUGGUCUGCAUGUCACAAUAAAAUUCAGACUUGGGACAUCACAACUGUCAGAACAACUGAGGUUAAACGACUGCUCUAACAUGAGUGGACCACCAACUUUCAUGUUGUGUCGGCAGUGUAUCAAAGUUGGUUGUGGAUGGAACAAAAACAGCUGUUCCUGGGCUAACCAAGGAGAGACUGGUGACAGAGUUUGCCAAGAGUUGGAGUCUGGGAAGAACUUCUCCAUCCCAGAGAUCUCCUCCAUCACUCCCAGUGUGGUGUCUUUCUAUGGGACAAACCAUGCAGUGUUAUUAGGUCGUAACCUUGGUGAUGUGAAACGAGUGAGGAUCCAGACACACGCUGACUGUACUCCAAAAGAGUCUCCUGUUUGGGACAACACUGGUAUCAGUCUGACGUUCCACAUUCCCAGCACACAUCUCAAAGGUGUGGCCAACGUAUGCGUUCUCCUCCCAGAUGGUAGUUGCCAUGGUGAUGCUAACAUCACUUACCGCUCAUCGCCAUCCUGUGGCAACAUUACUCCAAGCAGCAGCUGGAUGAGUGGGAAGAGGAAGCUCACACUCAUGGGGUCUCACCUGGACCUUGUUGAAGGGGUCGUACACAGCCACGCCGAGCACGACGUCAAGCUUCCCAUCAACAGCAGCUAUCAGAGUCUCAGCUAUGACACACCUGCAGCUGAAAACACUUUGAUGAUUUCUAGCAGCACUGUGCUUCUAAAAGCAGCCAAUGAAACUUUAGCCUGCUCUUUAAACAUCACCUACCAUCCAGAGCCUGAGUUUACCAGCUUCACAGCCAUAAGGACAGGAAACAAUGUGCGCAUCACCUUGAAGAAAAAGUUAGACAAACUGGAGAUGUCAAAAGACGAGUUAUCAGUGUGGGGCGUUCAAGACACACAGGAAUACGGCUGUAUCAUGGAGGCCAAAGAAACCAGUAAAGAGACAGACUCCUUCAGCUGUGAGGUUAAAGGGCUACCCAACACACGAAUCCAAAAGUUAAAGAUAAAGUAUGGUGACAAGACAAUAAGCCUCAGUGAUUCAUCAUCACACCAUGUCUCUCCAAUACUGCUUUCCCUGCUGAUAAUUGGACAUAUUGCCAGUAAGUUGUGUUGACAUAUUGGCUUUUUCUAUAAACCCUGAACAAAUUUCAAUAGAUUAUGUGGUACAAUUUCCGGAGACUUUUUCUACUCCAUCUUGACAGCGUUCUAGUUUUUCUGCUCAGGUUAAAUUGGUUACUGUUUGGCUUUUUGUAUUGGUGGCUGUCUGUCUAUGGUGGAAGAGAUGCCCAGGGAGAUGAAUGGAUUUUGACCAAUGAUGCCCCUCUCUGUGUUCAAGUGUUUUCAUGUUAUGUCUGUUUGAUUAAUAAAUCACUUUGAUGAAUAAAUCUUCCUUGUUUAA